AUGUUACAAAAAGGGAUCGAUGGAGAUUUAUUAAAUGACCCUAAAACAUGCAAUAAAAGGGGAAAAUUGUAUGAUCAAAAAGAACUUCAAAAAUGUGCAGGAGUGAAUCCAGAAGGCUUUUUUAAUAAAAUUGUGUGGGUUGGUAAAAAGAUAUAUUGCAUUAUCAAAUUAAACCUUUGGUAUACAAAACCAAAAACAAUAAAAUAUGGAAAUGUUGAACAUAAAAUUACACAACCAUCAAUUAUGAAAUGGGAAACAAAGAAAUUCAUGAAUAAACCAAGAAAACCAACAGAAAUAGUAGUUUAUACUGAUUCAUUUUGUUAUUCUGCUUGUUCAGUAUUUACAAAAGGAUUAAAAGAAUGGGGAAGUGCUAUUCUUGUAGGAUUCAAUGGUGAUCCUAAUGGUAAAGAUGAUGAAUUUGAAGUGGGAUUAUCACCAUCAGCAGUGAAAAGUGGAUAUGAUUUAUGUAGCUCUAAAUAUAAAAUCCCUGAUGGAUACUCACUUCUUUUAAAAUUUGAAGAAGAAACAUUGAAAAUAGUUAAUAAGUAUAAAACAAAAUGUAAUCCAAAUAAUAAAAGAUUAGUUAAAAGAGAUGAAAAAUGUGAUAAAGAAAUUAAUAUAGAACAUGGACAUGGAGGAUAUGAAUGUAGAGAUAAUGGAGAAUAG